AUGAGUGCAGCUGCGCAGCGCCACAGCUGGAGGCGCAUCGAGAUGGCUUUGGCCAACGAGGAGGGGCUAUCGGUUUGGGGUUUUGGGUUUUGGGACACCUGCCCGUUUGGUAUUACGCCGCUUCUCUUGGCUGCCACCAUCGGGCACCUGACGGCGGCACAGUUCCUUUUCGUUCGAGGUGCCAGCCCUCAUGUCCUGGGUGGCCAGCCGCCCAUGCUACCUGUAGAGGCAGCAGCACGGCACAACCAUCUGCGCAUCGUAGAGCUCCUACUGGAGAACGGCUCUGUGGCCGGCCGUGCGCUGCACUUCGCAGCGGCUGGCGGCUCUACGGAUGUUGCCACCUUCCUCUUGGCCAAGAACUGUUCCCGGGCUCGGUCAGAGGGAGGAGGGCGCAAGAACUUUCUGGUUUAG